CCUUUAAAGAUUGUCUAAAAGAAGGAAUGUAUCUUUGCUGUUUUAACAGAUUUUAAAAAUUUGAAUUUUUUUUCCACGCCUUUAACAGCAAGGGACAGGAAAGAAAGUCAAUUGACUUUGAAAAGGUCACAGAAGUUUUGUGCUGAACACAAAAUAUUAAUUUUAUUAACAAUUUAGCACCUAUCAGUCGCAAAAUCAACACAUUAACAAUGGCUCUCAAUAAAUUAAGCAUCGAGAACUUGGAUCUCGCUGGAAAGCGUGUAUUAAUGCGUGUCGAUUUUAACGUCCCAAUUAAAGAAGGAAAGAUCACCAGUAACCAACGUAUUGUUGCUGCUUUGGAAUCAGUUAAAUAUGCAUUGGAAAAAGGAGCCAAGUCUGUUGUCUUGAUGUCACAUUUAGGACGUCCCGAUGGUAACAAGAAUCCAAAAUUCACAAUGGCUCCAGUUGCUGGUGAAUUAAAAACUUUACUUGGAAAGGAUGUCACCUUCCUUAAUGACUGUGUCGGUGCUGAGGUUGAAGCAGCAUGUGCUGAUCCAAAACCAGGCUCAAUCAUCUUAUUAGAGAAUCUCCGAUUCUACGUUGAAGAAGAGGGUAAGGGAGUCGAUGCAAAUGGCGCAAAAGUUAAGGCUUCAGCAGAAAAAGUCAAGGAAUUCCGUGCUAGUCUUGCAAAACUUGGUGAUGUUUAUGUUAAUGAUGCAUUUGGAACUGCUCAUCGUGCUCAUUCUUCAAUGAUGGGCGAGGGCUUCGAAAAGAGAGCUGCUGGUUUGUUGAUGAACAAGGAAUUGACAUACUUCGCAAAGGCUCUCGAUAAUCCAGCACGUCCAUUCUUGGCUAUUUUGGGUGGCGCUAAAGUUGCUGAUAAAAUCCAGUUGAUUGAUAAUCUCUUGGACAAAGUUAAUGAGAUGAUUAUUGGCGGUGGAAUGGCUUUCACAUUCUUAAAGGUCCUCAACAAUAUGGAAAUUGGUGGAUCACUUUUUGAUGAAGAAGGUUCAAAGAUUGUGAAGAAUCUCGUCGAAAAGGCAAAGAAGAACAAUGUUCAACUUCAUUUACCAGUCGAUUUUGUCACAGGAUCUAAAUUUGGUGAGGAUGCUGAAGUUGGAGAGGCAUCAAUCGAAAGUGGAGUUCCAAGUGGCUGGAUGGGAUUAGAUGUUGGUCCAAAAACUCGUGAUCUUUUUGCUGCACCAGUUGCUCGUGCAAAGGUAAUCGUCUGGAAUGGACCAUGUGGUGUCUUUGAAUUCGCCAAUUUCGCUAAAGGAACUAAGGCAUUAAUGGACGCAGUUGUAGAUGUUACAGCCAAAGGAGCAGUUACUAUUAUUGGAGGCGGUGACACAGCUAGUUGCUGUGCUAAAUGGGGAACAGAAAGCAAAGUUUCACACGUUUCAACUGGCGGUGGAGCUAGUUUGGAAUUGCUCGAGGGAAAGACUUUACCAGGUGUUGCUGCAUUAACAAAUGCUUAAAUAUGUCCUAAGAUCUUGUCAUGUUUUAUCAACUGUACUACUCAAACCUAGUUUGAAAAAGAUAUUUCUUCUGAUAUUUGUUUAGAUGCAAGGAAGGAGGAGAAAAAGUUAAUUAUACUAUAUAAUAAAACGUAACUGCUAUCACAUCCACAUACAAAAUAAAGAAAUUAAAUGUUAAGU